AUGAAGAAAUUCCUCGUUCCGCAAAUCGAGAUAGGCCUGAAACUGCUCGGGGUCUGGCCAAACACGAGAACGGCAACGAUUAUUUACGUCCUACUGUUCGCCGUCUCGUUGAGCUUGAUAUUUCAGUUUUGGAACGUAGCCGUUGUGUUCUAUCGGCUGGAGCUACUGAUGAACAAUCUGGGCACUACCAUGCCACUCACUUUGAUCGCUUUGAAACUUGGAAUUUUCUGCUUCAACGACAAGAAAAUUAGUUACGUUAUCGCUGAAUUGCAAAAGGACUUUGAAAGCGAGGGCGACGACAAGCAAGUACGGAAAGUAACUUUGAAAAAUCUGAGACUCGCCGCUAUGUUAUCGAACACGAUCGCCGUUUGCUACAAUGGUUUGCCCAUAUCGUAUUUGGUACUGUCCAUAUUGUCGAGCCAAUCUGACCCUGACGACAGAAAAUUAGUAAUGCAAUCUUCGUUUCCGUGGGAUGAGAGGCAAAGUCCGAUAUUCGAAAUAACCUGUUUUGUACAAUUUUUGUUGGCGAUGUUUGCUUCCAAUGGACAUGCGACAAUUGAAGGAUUUCUCACAAUAUCUGUUCUUCACGCCAACUCCAAAGCAGUCUCCGUAUGCCGAGAAAUAUCAAAAUUUUCCAACGUUUGUCAGUCUGAAAACGACAGAGUCAAAAUCACUCACGCCAAACGAAAACUGAUCGAAAAGCACUUGAGUUUCAUACAUUUCUCCGAGUGCAUAUCAGACAUUUAUUCCUACGUUUCUUUUUUCCAUCUAUUCUUCAUGACUUUGAUCAACUGCAUCGUCGGGUUCAUGAUAAUUAACUUGAACAUCAUCGAAGCGAAUAAAACGGCGACCUUAAUGAUGUGCAUGGUGUACAUGUUUACCGCGUUAACUGCAGUCGGAUCCUACUGUGUCGCCGGUGAAUACUUGACAACUCAGGGAAAUAUGAUAUUAGACUCCAUGUGCAGCUGCCUGUGGUAUAAAUUCCAAGCCGCCGAUGUGAGAGCUUUAGCAUUUAUGAUCAUGCGGAGUCGCAAGCCGGUUAUCCUAACGUGCGGAAACUAUGCUCCGCUGUCCUUAAUUUACUUCACUAAAAUUAUAAAAACAUCAGUUUCUUUCUUGUCUCUGGUGAGAGCGGCAAGUCCAAUAUUUACGUUAUCGACCAUUUUUACGUCUUUGCCGUUUCAAUUUUGGAAAGCGACACUUUUAACGGAUAAUCCCACAACUAUGAUGGACAGUUUCAGCGAUUCUUUAUCAAUGAUCUUAAUAAUUCUCAAAUUUAUUAUCUUAUGGAAUAAGAGAAGCUACGUGACAAAUUUGUUGGCUGAUAUCCAAGAAACCUGGAGCGGAAACCUGCCUAACGAGUGGCAAACACUCGCGCGCUAUUGCAGAAUAUUUUGCACCUGUGACAUGGGAAUGUACUUGUGUGCGGUAAUCUUGUACUACCCGGAAAUCAUAUCCAACUACUUUGGCGGGCGAGUCGAGACAAGAGUUUUACUGUUCAAAUCGCAUUAUCCGUUCGACUUCCACAAAACACCCGUUUACGAGUUAAUCAUGUUAACACAGAUAGUACAGGGCUGGCUUAUUAUUUUCUGCGAUUCGCUCAGCAAAUGUCUUCUGGUGGCUUAUGUUUUUCAUACAACUGCGCUGAUUGACGAACUGUUGAGUCAGAUAGAGAAUUUUUCAAUCAGCUGCAAGAGCCGUCAACCGGACAAAAGUGUCAAGGUUCACGAAAAUUUCAAACGAGUCGUUCUUCAGCAUCGACGGAUUUUGGCUCUGGUGCAGCAAAUUAACAUGGCUUACAGUUUAGUGUCCGUGAUUCAAAUUUUGUUCAGUAGCCUGCUCAUAUGCGUGACCGGCUUCGUGUUAGUAACGGCCAUGGAAAACUCCGAUAUCAUGAUAAUCACGAAAUUCAUCGCAUUCAUCAUUGCGAUGCUAUCGCAAAUUUUCACCUUUUGCGUCGCUGGGCAGUAUUUGCAGAACAAAGUCGGUGCUGAAAAUAUUCACGGUGCACUGUACAAUUGCUUUUGGUAUGUCCUAGAGCCGAAAGAAGCGAAAUUGAUCGUCAUGGCUUUGAACAGAGCGCAAAAACCGCUGACUUUGACCGGUGAAAAUAUGUUUGAUCUUUCUAUAAGUACAUUCUUGAAGGAUGAAUGUACAAAAGGAGGGGGAAAAAGAAUGAGCCUAAGUAAAGAUCUCCUAGGACACAUGUUAAAAAUAAUCAUGCUAACUGGUGCAUUUGAUAUAAUCAUUGGUCAAUGGUUGAUGUCCAUAGAAAUGGGUGGAGACAAAGUAUUUUAUUGA